AUGGAGGUGUCAUCUCCUCCGGCGCAGAAUCCUGUGACCACGACCAAUGGAGGAGGCGCGUCAUCUCCUGCUUUCUCAACCAUCGAACCGGAACGGGUGGUUGAGCACCUGGCUGCUGUUUGCCAGGUAGCUCUCGGUGCCACACGAGAGGAUCUCGAACAGCCUGGGAACUUGUUGCAUAAUAGCCGUUAUUCCGAGACUGUUUCGCGUUGCACUCGUUUUGCGAAUGAUACCCAAAACGUUCUGUACAUACAGAAAGACAUCGCCCAUUUUUCCGCCGUUGAGAAGGCAACAGACGCUGCUGGAGAGCAAGGCGCUUCACUUUCCCCUUGGGAGGUUCUUCAUUCUCAAGUUCACCAUGCACUGGUUCCUUACUUCGAUGCCAACACAAAGAGUCAGCAGCUAGCAAACGGGUCUAGAGGCCGAUCCGAUGUCGAUGCGAAGACAGGUAUUCCUGUUACCAAAAAGAGAUUAAACGACCUGGAGUUGAGCUUGUUGCAUUUGCAGCAAAAUGUCGACAUUCCCGAGAUAUCACUCACCUUCCACUCUGUCGUCCAGAGUGUCCUUGAUGAAGCCGACGUCCGCCACAGCAAGGCAGCCAUCGACGCGAUUCCGCAAAACCUAUUGCAAGACAGCACUUUCCUGAAUAGGCUGCAGGCCAACGUCAACACAUGGAUCAAGUCUAUACAGGGCGUCACGAAAAUGACAAAGGACUCGUCAUCAAAUACAAACCAGGAAUUCAGUACCGCCAGUCAGGAGGUCAACUUUUGGCUGUCCAUGGAGUCGGCUUUGGAGGGCAUUGAGGGCCAGCUGCGAAGUGAGGGCGUCCUCUUGACGCUCGAGAUUCUCAAGCAUGCCAAGCGAUUCCAGGCCACCGUUAGUUUCACCGCCGACACUGGAUUAAAAGAGGCCAUGGAUAAGGUGCAGAAGUACAAUCAGCUAAUGCGGGACUUCCCCCUGGAUGAGUUAUUGUCUGCUACUUCGUUGCCAAAGGUCCAAGAGGCGAUUUCACAAAUUUUCAACCAUUUGAAUAAAAAGCUGAGAAUCUGUCCAUAUCCAAUCCGCCGAGCUUUACCACUGGUUGAGGCCAUCUCUGCUGAUCUUGAUGACGGACUUCGUCGACUUCUACCAGGUACAGAACUGGUUAAUCUCGACAAUCAGCAGUUCCAGGCCCUCAUGCGGACUUGCGAUGGCAUAUUUCGCACCUGGGAGGAGAGCGUUAAGGAAUUUACAAAUGUAGCUCGUGAAGUCACUCGUCGCCGCAACGAAAAGUUCAUUCCCAUCAAGAUCAACAAGAAGCACUCAGAACUCGAAUCUCGAAUCAAGUACGUCGGCACCUUCCGCGACAACCACGAACAACUUCAACGAACUAUUGUCAACGUUCUUGGCCCCAAGGCCACGAUUCCGGGCGUGACAGAGACCACUGGCACAAACGGAGUGAUGGUGGAGGAAAUCGGUGACGUGGAUGCUGUAGAAGAGGUCAAACAAGCUUGGGAAGCACUACAAAAUGUCGACUUGCUGGAUGUCACUGAACAAGGUAAGGAACGAUGGGUACGAGCAGAGAACUUGUACAAUGAGCGCACAACCAGAGUCGAAAACUCGAUUAUUGCUAGACUUCGAGAUCGGCUCGCGACAGCCAGGACCGCCAAUGAAAUGUUUCGCGUCUUUUCCAAGUUCAAUGCCCUUUUCGUUCGUCCAAAGAUUCGCGGAGCCAUUCAGGAGUAUCAAAAUCAGCUCAUGGACCACGUUAAACAGGCUAUCAACGGACUUCACGAGCGAUUCAAACAGCAAUAUGGUCACUCAGAGGCUCACGCCAUGGCUCAACUCCGUGACCUACCUCCAGUCUCUGGAGCAAUCAUCUGGGCCCGGCAAAUUGAACUUCAACUAGAUGGCUAUAUGCGGAAGGUAGAGGCUGUUUUAGGUCCCGACUGGACACUUCAUGCCGAGGGUCAUAAGUUGCAAGAAGAAAGCGAGCUGUUCAAACACAAGCUUGAUACUGGCAGAAUCUAUGAAGCAUGGCUAACCGACGUUGGUCGACGAAAGAUUUCCAUCUCUGGACAACUGUUCGAGAUCGCUCGCGUCCGAUCCGCUGGCGGUAUUCUGGAGCUCGCGGUGAACUUUGACCCUCAAAUCAUCACCUUGUUCAAGGAGACGAGAAUCUUGACAUGGCAGUCUUACGCUGUCCCCCACGCUGUCACGACUGUAUCGAAGGAUGCAAAGAGAGUAUAUCCAUACGCUGUUAGCCUGAUGGAGAGCGUCAGAACAUUAUCUCAGACAAUGCGACAAAUAUCUACCAUGGGCGAAGAGUCAGUCCUACUUAAUGGCUAUCGCAAUGAUGUUUACAAACUGAUAGGUGACGGCGUUCCCCUUCGAUGGGAGUCCUUCAUCAACUCUCAUGAGCUGUUCUACGCAGAGCAACGGCAAGCUCGUCCGAUGCUUCCCGGUGGUGCCGAGUUUGCUCUCUCCAAGAGCAGUGAGAGCAAGCACGGAAUGUUUAUUCGUGGGUUUGCUGCCGCCGUUUCCGUUCUGCAAAGCAAAGCAGUAGCUCUCAGUCAUAUUCAUGCCACUGUCGAGCAAGCUCUCAAAGAAAUUAGCAACUGCCCAUAUGAUUCUUCCGCUUUCCAAUCUCGUCUCAACACCAUCCAAACUGCUGUUGACCAACUGAACUUGGAGCAAUAUGUCAAUCUGGAGUUUUGGGUGCGAGACUUGAAUCAGAAGAUACAGUCCAUUCUGCUAAGUCGCCUCCAUGCCGCAAUUAGCGCUUGGAUUGCUGCCUUCGAGGAUGAAGCCUCAGAUGCGGGUCGAAGGAAGAAAACUUCUGAAGAAGAGUUCAAGUCAGACGGGCCCGUGAUGAAGCGCCUCGUGCUGGAAUUGGUCAUGCGAAAUCAAGUCAUCUAUCUCGACCCUCCAUUAGAGUAUGCCAGAGCAAGCUGGUUCUUGCACUUGCAUGACUGGCUGGGCAUCGUUUGCAACCUGCGGAAGAUCAAGGCAGCACGUUAUCAAAUGAGCCUAAGUACUACUGCUGCUGAGGAACACCGGUUCACCGACCUUCCGACCGAGUGCGCCAGCAUACUUCAUUGCGUAUACGUUUCCGUCGAGAAGAAGCUGCAAGAAAUCGGCGCCUAUAUAGACAAGUGGCUUCAGUUCCAGUCGCUCUGGGAUCUCCAGUCUGAACAGGUGUACGAUGUUCUUGGUGACCAACUGGCUCGGUGGCUCGAGUGUCUGCAGGACAUUCGCAAAGUGCGAACCACAUUUGAUACCCAAGAAGUCAGUCGAUCCUUUGGUCAUAUCACUAUUGACUAUGAUCAAGUUCAGACAAAGGUGAACGCCAAGUACGACCAGUGGCAGCACGAGAUCUUAAUCAAGUUUGCAAGCCGGCUUGGGUACCGCAUGCGAGAUGUCAGCGCUGAGAUCGAGAAAGCACGCAAGCAGCUAGAGGGACAGAGCUCCGACACCUCGUCUACCGCCCAGGCUGUCCAGUUCAUCACAGCUGUUCAGAGCUGCAAGCGCAAUGUCAAGUUGUGGGCCCCGGAAAUCGACAUGUUCCGGCAGGGACAGUCGACUUUGGUACGACAACGGUAUCACUUCCCUAAUGAUUGGCUUCAUAUUGAACACAUUGACAGUCAGUGGGAGGCGCUGAAAGAGAUCCUGGAGAAAAAGUCACGUGUUAUGGAGGAACAAUCUGAUGCCAUGCGUGCCAACAUUGUGGCUCAGGAUAAGCUGGUCAACGAACGCAUAGGUGAGAUUAUAUCACAGUGGAACGAAGAAAAGCCCGUGUCUGGCACGAUCCAACCCGACAUUGCAUCUGCUACAUUAAGCACAUUUGAAACCAGAAUUGCGAGCCUGCAGGACGAUUUACAGCAGGUCAUCAAAGCCAAGGAAGCUCUUGAUCUCCCCGUUGGCGCAGAAAGUUCUCUGGAUGCCACUCUUGAGGAAGUCCGUGAUUUUCAGUCGGUUUGGUCUAGCUUGUCUACCAUUUGGUCUAGCUUGAAUGAGACCCGGGAGAUACUUUGGACUGCAGUUCAACCCCGGAAAAUUCGAUCCAAGGUCGACGAUCUCAUCAAGAGUACCAAGGAAAUGCCUAGCAGAAUGAGGCAGUACGCCGCCUUCGAACACGUUCAGUCUGUGCUACGUGGAUUCCUCAAGGUCAACUCGAUCUUGUCAGACCUCAAAUCCGACGCUAUUCGCGAGCGCCACUGGCAUAAGAUCUACAAGCAAAUCAAGCCCCAGAAGCGAUUCUCACCUAGCUCAAUGACAUUAGGCGAUGUUUGGGACCUCAAUCUAGUCGCUACGGAAGCCAUUGUUAAGGAUAUCAUUGCCCAAGCCCAGGGAGAAAUGGCUCUCGAAGAGUUCUUGAAACAAGUCCGCGAGACGUGGCAAAACUAUGCAUUAGACAUGGUCAACUAUCAAAACAAGUGCCGUCUGAUCCGCGGCUGGGACGACCUUUUUGCCAAAUGCAGUGAAAAUCUCAACUCGUUGCAAGCCAUGAAGCAUUCACCCUAUUACAAGGAGUUUGAAGAGGAGGCCGUCUCGUGGGAAGAUAAGCUGAACCGUGUUCAUGUUCUCUUUGACGUUUGGAUCGAUGUUCAGCGACAGUGGGUAUACCUCGAAGGCGUUUUCACCGGCAAUGCCGAUAUUAAGCACCUCCUGCCCAUUGAGUCGGGUCGUUUCCAGAACAUUAACAGCGAGUUCUUGUCUGUUAUGAAAAAAGCCAACAAGACCCCAUAUGUUUUGGAUGUGCUGAAUAUUCCAAACGCGCAGAAGUCUCUAGAACGCCUAGCAGAAAUGCUCAGCAAGAUUCAGAAGGCAUUGGGUGAAUACUUGGAGAAGGAACGGGUCUCAUUCCCACGGUUCUACUUUGUUGGCGACGAAGAUCUCCUGGAAAUGAUUGGUAACAGCAAUGACACGCUGCGUAUUGCCAAACACUUCAAGAAAAUGUUUGCUGGCCUGUCCGGCCUCGUGAUGGGCAAUGAAGAGACUGUCAUAUCUGCUUUCACUUCCAAAGAAGGCGAAACUGUCCAGCUCAAGAAGGAAAUAUCUUUGGCAACGACACCACGUAUCAAUGACUGGUUAGCGCUUCUUGAGGGUGGUAUGAAGUCCACUCUUGCCGAGCUUCUUGCUGAAGCUGUGGAGCAGUACACACCAAUUUUCGAAUCUGAAGCCAUUGACAGUGCCGCUUUGAACACAUUUAUGGAAGCGUUUCCCAGUCAAAUUGUCGUGCUCGCUACACAGGUUGCAUGGACAACGGCCGUUGACAAGUCUCUGGCUGCCGGUGGACAAAGCCUGCAGACCUUAUACGAUAGAGAAGUGCAAGUACUACGAGUGCUUGCUGAGACUGUAUUGGGCGACUUGGAGAUCAUCCUGCGGAAGAAGUGCGAACAGAUGAUCACUGAAUGUGUCCAUCAGCGUGAUGUGAUUGAAAAGCUCAUCAACAAUAAGACCAAUACUGCUAGUCACUAUCUCUGGCAGCUGCAAAUGAGAUAUGUUUAUGUCCCUGAAGGUAACUUCCUGGACCGUCUCCAUGUCAGAAUGGCCAACGCUAAGCUCAACUACGGUUUUGAGUACCUCGGUGUGCCUGAUCGUCUUGUUCGAACGCCGCUUACCGAUCGCUGUUUUCUCACCCUCACUCAAGCUUUGUGCCAGCGUCUUGGUGGCUCGCCUUAUGGUCCUGCAGGAACAGGAAAGACUGAAUCCGUCAAAGCACUUGGUCUUCAACUUGGUAGAUUUACGCUUGUCUUCUGCUGUGACGACACUUUUGACUUCCAAGCCAUGGGGCGAAUUUUCUUGGGUAUUUGCCAAGUAGGGGCUUGGGGUUGUUUUGAUGAGUUCAAUCGCCUAGAGGAGAGGAUCCUCUCUGCCGUGUCGCAGCAGAUUCAAAAUAUUCAGCUUGGUCUCAAACAAGGUGCCGAAGAUAGCAAAUCGCUGAUCGAAUUGGUUGGACGUCAGCUCAGCGUCAAUGACAACACCGGUAUCUUCAUCACGAUGAACCCUGGCUACGCCGGUCGGUCCAACUUACCUGACAACUUGAAAAAGUUGUUCCGCAGUGUAGCCAUGUCCAAGCCAGACAAGGAGUUGAUUGCCGAGGUCAUGCUCUACUCGCAAGGUUUCAAUCAGGCGAAGCAGCUGUCCAAACAGACUGUCCCAUUCUUCGACCAAUGCUCGGGAAAACUCUCCAAGCAAGCGCAUUAUGAUUUUGGUCUGCGUGCGUUGAAGAGUGUUUUGGUCAGUUCCGGUGGUCUGAAAAGAGCCCGUCUGAUUGAUAGCAACCACGAGGCUGAGGAGAUUGUCGAGCCCGAAAUCGUUGUCCAGAGCAUUCGAGAAACCAUUGCUCCCAAGCUGAUCAAGUCUGAUGUUGACAUUCUUAGCACCAUCGAGAAGGAUUGCUUCCCCGGCAUCGACUACAUACCCGCCAAUUUGGUCGAGUUGGAAGGCGCUCUCCGCAAUCUCGCUGCAGAGCGUCACCUUGUUGUGACAGAUCUGUGGAUGACCAAGGUCUUGCAGCUGUACCAAAUUCAAAAGAUACACCAUGGUGUCAUGAUGGUCGGUGACUCAGGUACCGGGAAAUCGGCCGCCUGGAGACUUCUGCUCGAUGCUCUCCACAAGGUCGAAGGCAUUGAGGGCGUCUCUCACGUCAUCGACUCAAAGGUUAUGUCCAAGGAGGCUCUGUAUGGUAACUUGGAUGCCACCACACGUGAAUGGACGGAUGGCCUCUUUACCAGCAUUCUCCGCAAGAUUGUUGACAAUCUUCGUGGCGAAGAUUCUAAGCGACACUGGAUUGUCUUUGACGGUGAUGUUGAUCCAGAAUGGGUGGAAAACCUGAACAGUGUCCUUGAUGACAACAAACUUCUCACGCUCCCAAAUGGUGAGCGGCUCAACUUACCACCCAAUGUUCGAAUCAUGUUCGAGGUCGAGACAUUGAAGUAUGCCACUCUCGCCACUGUCAGUCGGUGUGGGAUGGUUUGGUUCAGUGAAGACACCGUCUCACCAGAGAUGAUGGUGAAGAACUAUCUUGAGACGCUUCGUAGCGUGCCAUUCGAGGACCUGGACGAGGACAGCGUUGCCACUGGCCAGGCUCCUACCAAGAUGCUCGCCGUUCAAGGAGAAGUUUCAGACUUGUUGAAGGUCUACAUGACAUCUGAAAACUUUAUCCAUCAAGCCCUCGAACGCGCUGAAAAGUACAACCACAUCAUGGAGUUCACUGUUGCGCGUGUGCUCAACACAUUGUUCUCGCUGCUCAACAAGGCUGUCAGGGAUGUUAUCGAGUACAAUGGCCAGCACUCGGACUUCCCGCUGGAUGCUGAACAGAUUGAAGCGUUCAUUCCCAAGAAGCUUCUUCUCGCCCUGGUCUGGGCCUUGACCGGCGAUUGUCCUCUGUCGGAUCGAAAAGCUUUUGGCGAUGACCUCUGCGCGCUUGCAAGUUUUGGAUCGCCACCUUUGGACGGAAGCAGCUCACUGAUUGACUUUGAUGUCAGCCUGCCCAGGGCUGAAUGGAUCUCUUGGCAAACUCAAGUACCAAGCAUCGAGGUCAACACACACUCCAUUAUCCAGACCGAUGUGGUGAUUCCAACUCUGGAUACCGUUCGCCACGAAGAUGUUCUCUACUCUUGGCUUGCCGAGCACAAACCCCUCUUACUCUGCGGGCCCCCUGGUUCCGGCAAAACGAUGACUCUCUUCAGUGCCCUCAGGAAGCUCCCCAAUAUGGAGGUUGUCGGCCUUAACUUUUCGAGUGCUACCACACCUGAUCUUCUAAUCAAGACCUUUGAGCAGUACUGUGAGUACAAGAAGACGCUCAAUGGAGUCAUGCUUUCCCCCACGCAAAUUGGGCGUUGGCUAGUUGUCUUCUGCGACGAAAUCAACUUGCCCGCUCCUGAUAAUUACGGGACUCAAAGAGCAAUCUCAUUCCUGCGACAACUCGUUGAGCAUAACGGCUUUUGGCGCACCUCUGACAAGUCUUGGGUUACCCUUGACCGUAUUCAGUUUGUUGGUGCUUGUAACCCCCCGACGGACGCAGGCCGCACCCCUCUCGGCGCCAGAUUCCUGCGUCAUGCUCCUCUCAUCAUGGUGGACUAUCCUGGAGAGCUCUCGCUCAACCAGAUCUACGGCACGUUCAACUCUGCUGUCUUGAAGAUCAUUCCCGCUCUUCGUGGCUACGCCGAAGCCCUUACGCAUGCCAUGGUUCGAUUCUACCUGGAAUCUCAGCAGAGGUUUACCCCCAAGAUCCAGCCUCACUAUGUUUACAGUCCUCGUGAAUUAACUCGCUGGGUUCGUGGCGUAUACGAGGCAAUCAAGCCAUUGGAGAUUUUGUCAAUUGAAGGCUUGAUCCGCAUCUGGGCACACGAAGCUCUGCGACUCUUUCAGGACCGUCUCGUUGCCGAAGACGAACGUCAAUGGACAGACGAGGCAGUUCGGCGCAUUGCUCUGGAGCACUUCCCCAACAUUGACGAGGGCAAAGCCCUUGGUGGACCAAUCCUCUUCUCCAACUGGCUGUCCAAGAACUACGUGCCCGUCGACCGUGAGGAGCUCCGUGACUUCGUCAAAGCCAGACUCAAGACCUUCUGUGAGGAAGAAGUUGAUGUGCCACUUAUCCUGUUCAACGAUGUUCUGGAGCACGUGCUGCGAAUUGAUCGUGUGUUUAGGCAGCCGCAGGGCCAUCUUAUCCUAAUUGGCGUCAGUGGAAGUGGCAAAACUACCCUGUCACGAUUCGUUGCUUGGAUGAAUGGCCUCAAGGUGUUCCAGAUCAAGGUCCACGGCAAGUACUCGGGCGAGGACUUUGACGAGGAUCUUCGUGACGUGCUACGACGAUGUGGUUGCAAGGGCGAAAAGAUAUGCUUCAUCAUGGACGAGGCAAACGUUCUGGACUCUGGGUUCCUGGAACGCAUGAACACGUUGCUGGCUAACGCAGAAGUGCCCGGUCUGUUCGAGGGUGACGAAUAUGCUGCUCUCAUGACUGCUUGCAAGGAAGGCGCUCAGCGUCAAAACUUGCACCUGGAUUCACCAGAAGAGCUGUACAAGUGGUUCACUCAACAAAUUGUGAACAACCUCCAUGUUGUCUUCACUAUGAACCCGCCGGAAGAAGGCUUGUCAUCCAAGGCAGCUACCAGUCCCGCCUUGUUCAACCGAUGCGUGCUCAACUGGUUCGGAGACUGGUCAGACCAGGCUCUCUUCCAGGUCGGUCAUGAGCUCACGCACUCUAUUGAUCUUGACUGCAGCACAUUCCAGGCUCCCGACACCAUCCCAGUCGCAUACCGCGGGCUCAGCCUGCCCCCAUCUCACCGCGAGGCUGUUGUCAAUUCUAUGGUAUAUAUACACUACUCGCUUCAGCGAUACAACGAGAGGCUCUACAAGCAGCAGAACAAGGUAACUUUCCUCACGCCUCGACAUUUCCUGGAUUUUGUUGGUCAGUAUGUCAAGCUGUACAAUGAGAAGCGUGAAGAUUUGGAAGAGCAGCAGCGUCAUUUGAAUGUCGGCCUCGAGAAGCUAAGGGACACCGUGGACAAGGUGCGCGAUCUGCGUGCGAGUCUGGCGGAGAAGAAGACACGGCUUGAACAGAAGGAUGCAGAGGCGAACGAAAAGCUGCAGCGCAUGGUUGCGGACCAACGAGAGGCCGAACAAAGAAAAAAUACCUCACUGGAAAUCCAGGCGGCUUUGGAGAAGCAAGAUGCCGAAGUGGCGAAGAGAAAGAAGGUGGUAUUGGAGGAUCUCGCAAAGGCCGAGCCAGCGGUUGAAGAAGCCAAGGCCAGUGUCAGCAACAUCAAGAGGCAGCAUCUGACUGAAGUGCGAUCCAUGGGCAACCCUCCACAGGGUGUGAGACUUGCGCUUGAUGCCGUCUGCACCUUGCUCGGCCACAAGAUCAACGAUUGGAAAGCGGUGCAGGCGGUUGUGCGCAGAGAUGAUUUUAUCGCCAGCAUAAUCAUGUUUGAUAAUGGCAAACAGAUGACCAGGGCGCUGAGAAACAAGAUGCGAAACGACUUCCUCUCCAACCCCGAGUUUACGUUUGAAAAGGUCAACAGAGCCUCCAAGGCGUGCGGUCCUCUCGUGCAAUGGGUCGCCGCCCAGGUCAACUAUGCAGACAUUUUGGACCGCGUUGGUCCCCUCAAGGAGGAGGUCACCCAGCUUGAAGAACAGGCCUUACAGACCAGAGCCGAGGCCAAGGCCGUUGAGAACAACAUUGCGGAACUCGAGUCCAGCAUCAAUACUUACAAGACUGAAUACGCUGCGCUCAUUAGCGAGACACAGGCCAUCAAGUCGGAGAUGUCCAAGGUUCAGUUCAAGGUUGACCGAAGUGUACGGCUCCUGGACAGCCUUUCGUCGGAAAGGACGCGUUGGGAAGAAGGAAGCAAGUCAUUCGAAACACAGAUCAGCACACUCGUCGGCGAUGUGCUCACGGCCGCCGCCUUCUUGGCGUACAGCGGCUUGUACGAUCAGACAUUCCGAAAGUCCAUGAUGGAUGACUGGUGCCACCAGCUUCACCUGUCGGGAAUUCAGUACAAGUCCCCCAAUCCGAUUACCGAGUACCUCUCCAGCGCGGAUGAGCGCCUUGGCUGGCAGGAGAACACAUUGCCAGUGGAUGAUCUCUGCACCGAGAAUGCAAUCAUCCUCAAGCGCUUCAACCGUUAUCCGCUCAUUGUUGAUCCGUCGGGAAGAGUGACGGAAUUCCUGCAGAAGGAGUGCAAGGACAGGAAGCUCACGGUGACUAGCUUCUUGGAUGACACAUUCACGAAGCAGCUGGAAAGUUCUCUGCGCUUUGGCAACCCGAUCCUUAUUCAGGAUGCCGAACACUUGGACCCAGUUCUCAACCACGUCUUGAACAAGGAGUAUCAGCGCACCGGAGGCCGUGUUCUCAUCCAGCUCGGCAAGCAAGAGAUUGAUUUCUCACCAGCAUUCAAGCUUUACUUGUCCACACGUGACCCCUCGGCGCAGUUUGCUCCAGAUAUUUGCAGCCGGACUACAUUUGUCAACUUUACGGUCACCAAGAGCUCCCUCCAGACGCAGUCACUAAACGACGUGCUCAAGUCCGAGAGGCCCGACGUGGACGAGCGCCGUACCAACCUCAUCAAAGUUCAGGGCGAGUUCAAAGUGCAUCUGCGCCAGCUAGAGAAGCAGCUUCUGCAGGCUCUCAACGAGUCUCGCGGUAAUAUUCUCGACGAUGACAACGUGAUAGAGACGCUAGAGAGGCUCAAGACGGAAGCAGCGGAGAUUUGCGCCAAGAUGAGCAACACUGAAGGUGUCAUGGCCGAAGUAGAAGAGAUAACCCAACAAUAUGGUGUCAUUGCAGGCUCUUGCAGUGCAGUGUUUGCUGUCCUCGAUCAACUGCACUUUCUCAACCACUUCUAUCAGUUCUCUCUGCAGUACUUUUUGGACAUAUUCCAGCUGGUACUCCAUGGUAACAGGAACCUCGCCAACGAGACUGAUCACAACACGCGCCGUGACAUUAUCGUCAAGGACCUUUUUGUCAACACUUUCAAGCGCACGGCUCUCGGUCUGCUCCAAAAGGAUCGAAUCACGCUCGGCAUGCUUCUUGCCCAGGCUUCUCCCUACAAGAUGGAUAAGUCACUGAUUGAUGUAGUCCUUGACGAUCGCAUCGAAGGCAAGGAUUUGUCUUCCACCCCAGAGCUGAAGCACCAAGCUUUUAUGGAAGCCAAGAAGCUUAGCAUCCUAAAGGAGAAGCUCGAUGGAGUUGCUGAUGAAGAUUGGAACAAGUUCUUCGCAGAGGAGCUUGCGGAAGACGUCGUGCCUCAAAUAUGGGACAGCAAGACGAGUCCGACGGACCAGUCGCUACUGUCUUUGCUGCUUGUCAAGUUGUUCCGUAUGGAUCGCUUUGUGCCUGCAGCUGAACGCGUUGUCGGCCAUGUGUUUGGCAGCGAAAUCUUUGACUUUGUCGACGACCUCAAGGAGACGGUUGCCCAGGUAUCUGCUACUCUUCCCAUUGCGCUGGUAUCUAGCCCUGGUUUCGAUGCCAGCUACAAGGUGGACAACCUGGUGGAGAGAACAAAUGUCAAAUGCACCAACAUUGCCAUGGGAUCGAACGAAGGCAUCGCCAGUGCUGACAAGGCGAUUAGCAAUGCUGCUCAGGACGGAUCUUGGGUUCUGGUCAAGAACGUUCAUUUGGCACCCACCUGGCUCCAGAGCCUUGAGAAGCGUAUGGAGGCACUCAACCCUCAAAUGGACUUUAGACUGUUCCUCUCGAUGGAAUCCAGUCCCAAGAUUCCAGUCAACCUGUUGCGUGCUUCUCGGGUGUUGAUGUAUGAGCAGCCUGCUGGCGUAAGGGCCAACAUGAAGGACUCAAUGUCUUCCCUGUCGACGCGGUCAACCAAGAGUCCCGUUGAAAGAACGAGGCUGUACCUGCUCAUCUCGUUCCUGCAUGCUGUUGCACAAGAGCGGCUACGAUAUGCACCGAAUCUUGGUUGGAAGGGUUUCUGGGAGUUCAAUGACAGCGACUACGAAUGCUCGGCAUUUAUUGUCGACACCUGGCUGGAUAGUGUGGCGGGCAACCGGACCAACAUUGCCCCUCAAAAUAUUCCCUGGGAGAUGAUCCGCUACUUGGUUACCGAGACAUAUGGUGGCAAAAUUGACGAUGAAGGGGAUUUCAAGCUGCUCGGCCAGCUGGUUACUUCACUCCUGACUCCCGAUGCAUACGAUGUUGAUCACAAGCUGGUGGAUGGCCCUGACGGCGGCCUGCUUGUACCUUCUGGAACGAGCCUGCAGGACUUCAUGGCCUGGGUGCAAAGGCUUCCCGAGCGCGAACCGCCCACUUACCUGGGUUUGCCUGCCAAUGCAGAGAAGUUGUUGCUCGUUGGGCUCGGGCGCAGUCUCAUUUCGGAUCUGCGCAAGGUGACGGAACUGCUCGAUCAGGGCGAGCAACUGGUGACGGAGCCGUGA